GUGAUGCUGAGAGCUGCCUCCUCAGACAACAGAUACGCGAGGUCAGGAAGAAGCCGCUUAUAAAUUACCGCUUCUUCCGCGCCGCCGGCAGCUCCGAGCCUCGGCCCCUGGCUUCAGCCCCGAGCCGUUGCCAGCGCCCAGCCCGGAGAACCGUGAGCCCAGAGGCCGAGCCAAGUGGAACAGGAGCGCGGAGCCCGCGGGGCCAGAGCUCCAGCGCGCGGACGGCCCCCGGCGAGUGGAACCGAGUACGGCUGAGCGCAGCGCGGGGAGCGCGGCGGCCACCCCAGGUCCAAAACCACAGCUUUUGCUGAGGAGACUCCAAAACAGAACGAGGAGAUGGCCACCAAGGAGAAGCUGCAGUGCCUGAAAGAUUUCCACAAAGACAUCCUGAAGCCCUCGCCAGGGAAGAGUCCGGGCACACGGCCCGAGGACGAGGCCGACGGGAAGCCGCCGCAGAGGGAGAAGUGGGCCAGCAGGAUCGACUUUGUGCUGUCGGUGGCUGGCGGUUUCAUCGGUUUGGGCAACGUCUGGCGGUUCCCGUACCUCUGCUACAAAAAUGGUGGAGGUGCCUUUCUCAUACCAUAUUUCAUUUUCCUGUUUGGGGGCGGCCUCCCUGUGUUUUUCCUGGAGGUGGUUGUUGGCCAGUACACCUCUGAAGGCGGCAUCACCUGUUGGGAAAAGAUCUGCCCCUUGUUCGCCGGCAUCGGCUAUGCCUCCAUCGUGAUCGUGUCCCUCCUGAACAUAUACUACAUCAUCAUCCUGGCCUGGGCCAUGUACUACCUGUUCCACUCCUUCCAGACGGAGCUGCCAUGGGCACACUGCAACCACAGCUGGAACACGCCCCUCUGCGUGGAGGACACGAUGCACAAGAACCGGAGUGAAUGGAUCACCCUCACCCACGUCAACUACUCCUCCCCCGUCACCGAGUUCUGGGAGCGCAACGUGCUGAGCUUGUCUUCGGGAAUCGAUCACCUGGGUUCUCUCAAGUGGGAUCUCGCCCUCUGCCUUCUUUUGGUCUGGCUGAUCUGUUUCUUCUGCAUCUGGAAGGGAGUCAAGUCCACAGGGAAAGUUGUGUACAUCACUGCCACCUUUCCUUUCCUGAUGCUCCUGGUGUUGCUGGUUCGUGGACUCACGCUGCCUGGCGCGGGCAUAGGCAUUAAGUUCUAUCUGUACCCUGACAUCUCUCGCCUUGAAGACCCACAGGUGUGGAUCGAUGCCGGGACCCAAAUUUUCUUCUCCUAUGCCAUCUGCCUGGGAGCCAUGACCUCACUGGGGAGCUACAACAAGUACAAGUACAACUCGUACAGGGACUGUAUGCUGCUGGGAUGCCUGAACAGUGGUACCAGUUUUGUGUCUGGCUUCGCAAUUUUUUCCGUCCUGGGCUUCAUGGCACAAGAGCAAGGGGUGGACAUUGCUGAUGUGGCUGAGUCAGGUCCUGGCUUGGCCUUUAUCGCCUACCCAAAAGCUGUGACGAUGAUGCCGUUGCCGACGUUUUGGUCCAUUCUCUUUUUUAUUAUGCUUCUCUUGCUGGGAUUGGAUAGCCAGUUUGUUGAAGUCGAAGGACAGAUCACAGCCUUGGUUGAUCUUUACCCAUCCUUCCUAAGGAAGGGUUUCCGUCGGGAAAUCUUCAUCGCCUUCGUAUGUAUCGUCAGCUACCUGCUGGGGUUGAUGAUGGUUACAGAGGGUGGCAUGUAUAUUUUUCAACUCUUUGACUACUAUGCAGCUAGCGGUGUAUGCCUUUUGUGGGUUGCAUUCUUUGAAUGUAUUACUAUUGCCUGGGUAUAUGGCAGCGAUAACUUCUAUGAUGGUAUUGAGGAUAUGAUUGGCUAUCGACCUGGGCCCUGGAUGAAGUACAGCUGGGCUGUGAUCACUCCAGUUCUCUGCGUUGGAUGUUUUAUCUUCUCUCUUGUCAAGUACGUACCCCUGACCUACAACAAAGCCUAUGUGUACCCCAACUGGGCCAUCGGGCUGGGCUGGAGCCUGGCUCUGUCCUCCAUGGUGUGUAUCCCCUUGGUGAUCUUGAUCCGCCUCUGCCAGUCGAAAGGACCUCUCCUUGUGAGAUUCAAGACCCUCCUGAUCCCAAAGGAUCCCAAUCACUGGGCUGUGGAGAACGAGGGGGCCAUCCCCUACAAAUCCCGCUCCACCAUCAGCGGGGUUCUGAUGAAACCCACGCACAUCAUCGUGGAGACCAUGAUGUGAGCGCUCUUGGGUCUUCGGGGCCGCUUUCCUGCUGUUUACUAACAUUAGAUUCUCAUAGGACCAGGUUUACAGAGCUUUAUAUUUGCACUAGGAUUUUUUUUUUUUUUAAUUGUCACAGAAAAUGUUACUCUGUGUGCAUGUGUGUAUUUUGUUUUGAUUUGGAGCUAUUUUGUACAAAAUGUAAACCCUCGGGCAGUUGGCCGAGGAGAGGCAGAGGUUUCAUACUGAAUUAGAUGUAUUUUAUGGGAACUUGUUAAAUUUUUCUUUGUAUAUAUAUAUUUUUUUCUACAAAUAACUAUAUAAAUACUGAGAGAUUGUCAUACACUUUUACCACUUGAAUUGAUCUUGCCAGCAAUAGAUCUCAUUUCAAAAAGCAAUUCUUUGGUGCUUGUGUAGCUGGCAGAAAGUUCUGCCUGAAAGAAACAAAAAACAAAAAAACCCAUGGUGGAAAUCUCCUGGGACCGCACUCCCAUUUCAAAGGUGUAGUGCCUUCCAAAACCUGGUCAGGUGGAAGAAAACAGCAGAUGAGAGGGUCUCACCAGCUGGCCGUGUGCAUCAGGGCUAGAGAAAGCAGGGAGUGUAAGUAGACAACUUCAUUUCAGUUGUCUUAGAGAAGAAAAGAAAUGCCAAAAUGAUGGACCCAACCCCUCAAAGAAUUGAACCGACUUCAAGGCAAGAGAUGAGGGCCUGCAGAGAAGUCUGGUUUUAAAAGCACCAAGGAGCAAAGUCCUACCUUUUAUUUUGAGAUUGAGGGUGGAUAAUCAGUAGGACUGUCAGACUUUCAGAACCAUUCAGACCAGAGGGAUAAGCGAGAGAUCGGAGUGUGCUAGUGAGAACCCUUUAUGAGCCUCACUGUGCAGCUUUGGAAGAGGUGAAAGAGGCUUGGGGGGGGCAGGCCAUGGUCUUUCCUGGGGUGCCCCGAGCUGAGAUUCCAGCCAGCCAAGCCGGAGCUGGCCGUCUCGGGGCUUGGAAGCUCACACAGGAUGGGUCUGUUGCCCUGGAACAGAAGCAUAGUGGGAUCUUUUUGUCAUUGCUUGGGUGACAGCUCUUGGAGCUACAGGAAGCAUGAUGGAUAUAUUUGGGGAGGGUCAAGGGGUGAGGUAGGGAGGGCAAGUGGACCAAAGGAUGUGGACCCCAAGCGUGUAGAUGGGCCCAGUAUCGGGUAGGAGGUGCUUUUCUUUCCUCAUCUCCCCAUCCUCAACUCCAUCCUCAUCUCCCAGAGCCCAGGAAACUGCUGACAAGCUCUGGUUAAAGAUUCUUCCAAUCCCAGGGCUGCCCCAGCUCGUAGCCAGGAAUGCCAGGAGCAUGUUUUGAGAUUGAAAUCUUCUAUUUGGAUAAAGUGCUCCUCAAAGCAGAAAGCGCCCUCUUUCUUCUCCUCCCAGUUCAGGCCCAAAUGCAGCCCAAAUGAAUAGAAAUGUUCAUUUCAACCUCUUUGCAAUAGUUGGUGUCACACAAUAUACUACAAGGGGACUCAGAGGAAGAGGGGAAGUUUCUAGGAGGUUGGGUGUGUCCAAGGGGCUGGCACCCCAAAAGUGGCUUGACCAGGUGUCUUUAGGCAGAAUGAAAUUCCUUUCUGAACCAAGAGAGAAGGUACUAAACCCUUAAAUAAUCCCAGGUGUACAGACACCACCUCCACCCCCCACCCCUACCUGUGCCAUUUAAACAGUCGCUUCUAAGUUCAGCGUCUAAACGAAAUGGAAACCUUGUCACUCACAGAGGCAGUGACCAUCUCAAGGGGUGUCGAGAGUGGGUUCCGGCUCAGGUUUUCAGAGCAGGGGCUCCCUGAAUCCCAGACUGCCCCCUCCAAUUUUGGAAAGGGGAGGAUGCUUUGGUGUCCCCCUUCCCAAAGGACAGAGGCCAUUCUGAACGUCUUGUCUUUAGCAAGCAUACACACAUUCACCGUUUCUAAAGCUAUAUACUCUGCCAAACGACAUCCAGUCUUAUUCCAAACGGUUAACAAUUCUGAUGUGUUCCUAUUUUCCGAUGUGUUUACGGUUGCCACCAUGGCUGAUUUUAUUUUACUGUUGUAUUUUAUUCCUAAUUUUACUGAGCAGCAACGUGACCUGUUUUUGUUUCUUUUGUUUGUCUGUUUGUUUUUUGUCUUAUGGAACUUUCGUAAACUAACCACUGUUAUAAUUGGGGACAGGUGACGUGUGGGGUAAAAGCAGGGGCUUGGCAGGCCGUGGCUACCUGGGCAUCUGUGGUCAUUAACGUCCCCAACAUCUGACUCCCAGGGACUCGUCCUCUGGGUGAAAGGCUGCAGAAUUUCAGGAUUGCAGGCAAACUGCAACAUUGUGGCAAUGGCCCAAGGAAGGCCUUUUCUUGUAAGAUUCCCAGACCAAAUUCUAGACCAAAGACAUACGCAGACCAAGUCCCCAGGCUCGGGCUGGGGGGCAGGUCAGCCACUGUCCCCAAGCCCGUUUCUCCACAACCUCCUGAGACACCUGUCUCCAUUUAUGAUCGUCUCAUCCAAGCCCUGGCUCUUAUGUAUCUAUAGAACUUGGCUCUAUGAGUACAUGAUGUAAUGAUGCUUGACUUUUGUAUAUUUCCAUAUAAAUGAAACUUUUCAUCCGAGUCCCUGAUAGUCCACCUGUCUCUGAGAAUGGACAGAGCCCCUACCCACUCUCUCCCUGGGAGGGAGUGGCCAUUGUAAUGCCUGUGCCAGAGCCCAGCCCACCCAGAUCUUGAAGCUUGGAAGGGAGGAAGGGGUUGCAACGAUAUUUUUUUAGGAUGCAGAAAUGGGUCAGUGCCUCAGGAUAAAUCUCAGCUGGGAAGACGCCUCCGUUGGGCAGCGAUGGAGAGGCCUCCGGGGCUGCCAAAUCCAGUGCACCUUGUUGUAAAAGGGGGAAACUGAGGCCCAGAGAGGGACAGGGACUUGGGCCCAGCAAGCCGGGACUGGAACCAGACUUGCCCAAGUCACCUCUGGCUUCCCAUUCCCCUGGGGUGACUGCAGUGAAUGAUGAGUGCUUAUGGGGGCUAAAGACAAGUAGUUCCCCAGCGUCCUCCCUGGCAACCAAAAGGGAGCCUUUAUGAAAGAGGAAGCAGCCCAUCCCCCAGGGUUGAGAGACAGAAUGAACAGCACUGGCUCCUCUUUCCUUUUAACAUACCUCUGUAAGGUAGGAAUUGAGAUCCCUCUUUGCACAGGAGGAAACUGAGGCCCAAAGAAGCCAUUCAGUUCCCGCAAGAGGUUGCACCCCUUAGCCAGGAUUUAAAUGGAGGCCCCAGAGCCUUGCGGGAAAUUCCCAGACAGCAACAGGAAGUGGCAGCAGUCUUAGGUGGCUUCCCCUCUGGGAUACCCCUUGGGGGACAGGUGGCUUCCCCUCUGUACCCCUGGUCCUUCACUCUCACCCCAGAUCCUUGUGGUAAAGCACAAGGGGAGCCCGUAGCCCCACCUCAAUGUAGUCCAGAGUGUUCUUGUACCACCCAGGUGCUGCUGCCCAGUGGCCAGGGACCCAGCCAGCGUCUCCCCAAACUGCCCUUCUCUGAUGGGGACACGCUCGGGGCAGCCAGUACUGAAGCCACGGGCACCUCCCUGCGUCCCAAGACCCAGACCCAAGCCAGAAAAGGACCCAAGAGAAACCACUUGAGGUUGCUAGAGGGUCCUCUCCAUCCCUCAGACCCAAGCCCAGGUCGGCCCCAGGCUGGGAUGACUCGUGGGUGCUGUAAAUAACACUGUGUGCAAAAACCCAAUGAAUACAAAAGCAAAAACUAAUAAUUUUUAAAAAUUAAAAAAAAAAAAAAAAAAACCACUCAGAUUUCAGAAGUU